AAGUCUCCAGCGCCUCAGUUUACGGCUGUCGACACAUAGUCUGGCGAGACAUGCUCACAAUCACUUGUUUUCUUGUUAUCGCUCUCGCUUAUCCUGUUCCUCCUGUUUUCUUCAUAGAGUUAUUGGUUUUCUUGAAUCCUACGACACUACGCGCCCUGGUACAAUCUGCGUCCACAGCAUUUCCAAGCGGCGCUAGUUUCGUUUUGACCGCCCCCUCCUCCGGUGCCUCCAGCGAAACAAGGAAGGACGACGUUGGGGUCGACACGGGCAGCGCAUCGCACUUGGUCUUCCAGUGCCGUAUGUUCGUUCUCGAGUCGUGAAAGCUACUUUAUUCCGCGCGUUACGCCCCGAAGCCUUCAAUAACGAACGCAACAUGCCGGCGCACAAGGUGUCCAUAAUCGGCUCGGGAAAUUGGGGAUCUGCUAUUGCCCGCAUCAUAGGAGAAAAUGUCAAGAAAUUCGAUAUCUUUGACCAUAAUGUCAGGAUGUAUGUUUAUGAGGAGAUAGUAGAUGGAAGGAAGCUGACGGAAAUCAUCAACACACAACAUGAAAAUGUCAAGUAUCUGCCUGGCUACAAGCUACCAGAAAACGUUAGUGCCGUCCCUGAAAUCGUGGCCGCCUGUGAGGAUGCCGAUGUCCUCGUGUUUGUGCUGCCGCACAAGUUCAUUGUGCCCACCUGCAGGCCAUUGGUGGGGAAGGUCAAGCCAGGAGCUAUAGGACUCUCCCUUAUCAAGGGUUUUGACAUCGCACCAGGAGGUGGAGGUAUUGAACUGAUCUCCAAUGUCAUCCACAAGCUCCUCAACAUUGAAAUGUGUGUCCUGAUGGGGGCAAACUUGGCCAGAGAAGUCGCCGACAAAAAAUUCUGUGAAACCACAAUCGGUUGCCGAGACCCGGAGAAGGGCGUGCUGCUCAAGAAGCUCAUCCAGACGGACUACUUUAGGGUUACUGUGGUUGACGACAUUCCCACCAUCGAGGUCUGUGGAGCACUGAAGAACAUAGUGGCGGUGGGUGCCGGGUUUGUGGACGGCCUGGGCUACGGGGACAACACAAAGGCGGCGGUGAUCCGGCUAGGGCUGAUGGAGAUGAUCGCCUUUGCGGACACCUUCUACCCUGGCGCCCGGCUGGGCACCUUCUUCGAGAGCUGCGGGGUGGCCGACCUGGUGACCACCUGCUACGGUGGUCGGAACCGCAAGGUGGCCGAGGCCUUCGUCAGGUCCAACAAGUCCAUUGAAGAGCUGGAGAAAGAAAUGCUGAAUGGUCAAAAGCUCCAGGGACCAGAGACAGCAGAGGAAGUGUUCACCAUGCUCAAGAACAAGAAUAUGCUGGACAGGUUCCCUUUGUUUGUUGCCAUUCACCGAAUAUGCAGUCACGAGAUCGCACCCAGCGAGAUGAUACAGUGCAUCAAGAAUCACCCAGAACACAUGAAUCCUGAGCGUGACAUCGCGUCCAACCUUUAAGUCCCCCGUUGAGAAACCUAGCCCGGCUGCGAGAAGCCUCGCACUGAAAGGCCAUGUGGUGCGCAGCUUCUCAAUACUCGCUACAAGACAUUGCUUUUGCUAAGAGUUUUUAUAUUUCCACAUCAAAAUGUUCUUUUGUAGCCUACCAUGGCAUUGUACCAUCAUUUGCACAUCUCGAGGUUUAUCUGUUCAGGAGUUGGUCCACUUUUGUCCGUGUGCGGGGUCGCUCGACCAGGUGUGCAUGCAGCCUCCAAACUUGGUCCGGCUUGUUUUUGAAUCGACAGGUGGGGACCACUCUCAUCUGAACAAAGAUGUAAUGGGAGUUGCACGGUAAUGUUUGAUUUUAGAGGCAAUUCCCAUGUGCCAAAGUACAGUUAAGAUACCUCGCAGGCCUUUGAGAGAGUACUUUUUUCUUUGGUACUUAUUUAGGAGAGUGUAUGUUUUAGGUUGAUUUUAGCUCGAGAUAAUUUCAAUUUACCUUGAAAGUCCGGACUUGCAGUAAAGGCAUACUAAAUUGAGUAGUUUACUGCAAGGCCCUUGUCAGCUAUACUGAGGGAGUGGUGACAGAGGGCGUGCGGUAUCCACCUCGUGCCAUGAAACUGACAGUCUCAAAGCUUAAAGUCGCGGUGCGGUACCUUUGGAGAUGAGGGUUUACAUUGUGCAAGCAACUUUUAGGCUAUUUUCACCAUUUAUAUGCCUCCGAAAGAUUGAAGGUGCUUGUUAAUGUAGUGCUUAGUUUUGGCAUGCCUUCACUAACCAUUUUCAGGUUAUCAAGGGGCAUUAGAACCUACUCAUGUUUUGUUAUUGUGUACUUGGCUGUGCAUGAAUGACACUGUUGUAGAUUUAUGCUUGUUAUGAGUGGUUUGGUGCCUCUGGUACUUGUUUUUUUUUUU